UGCAUCGAAGAGCUUUGCUCCAGAGCCCAGCUCAGCUUCCAGAGACCUCCAGCAAUGUGGCAGAUCCUUCUCCUGCUCGGCAGUCUGGGCUGCUGCUUGCUUGGUUCCACAAUGCUUAUUGCUUCUGUGUGUACCACUAACUGGAUUAUUCAGCCCACUCUAUUAGGCUAUUACUACGAAGGGCUCUGGAACUUCUGUAUAGCAGAGCAAUGUAUGAGCCUGAAUCGAGAUUGGGCGUACAAAGUGUUUGUUUUAGGAUUCCUGAAUGUGGGAACAUUUUCUGGAUUCUUGUGCAACCUUCUUUCUCCACUCUUGUGGGUGUGUGGAAAGAAGGAGCAGAUACGAAGGGCUACCUUCAACUCAACUUUCCUGUCAGUGGUUACUACGUUGAUUGGAAUGAGUGUGUACACAGGGAAAUACACUCGGAGUACACCUCUGGAAUACCGUGGGUGGUCCUUCAUCUUGGCCUGGUGUAGCUUCUCCCUCUACCUUGUUGCUGCUUUCCUUCGGGUUUCUCCCUUGUUGUUCGGUCAGGGUUGUGUGGAAACCUCCAUCUUCCAGAAGUCAUCUCCUCCAACUGAAGUAUCAGCAAUUACCAACGGUCAUGACAACAAGAUUUGUAGUAAUGAGGCUGAUAAAAUAUCUUCCACGUAGACCCUUUUGGUUCGUAUAUAAAAUAAGUGGCCACCAGAUGGAAUAAAAGGUUUCAUUUUCCCGUUCUCCUUUCAGCACUAUUACAUUAUCGGUAAUUUUCUAAGCUAUAGCCAGCUUCCAUACAUUUCUAUACCACAGGUCUACUCCCAAAUCCUGUAGAUUUCAACACGUUUUGGUAAUGGAUAGCCUUGCUGCAACAAGCAAAAUUUCAGGAGUUCUCUUCUUUUAAUGGACUUAUUGGACCUUCAGAAAUUGGCAAUGAGCACAACUGUGGGGUAAAUCAAUUUCUUCCCAUGAAAUAUGAGAAAAUUCUGAGUAUAUUCCCCCCCUCAAAAAAAUUGUAUUUUGAUGUCAGGGACUGGGCAGAGGAGGAAUGGUGGAGACCGCCUCCCCCGCCUGACCCUUCCAGAGCAGAAGAAGGCAGUUCAGAGUUACAACAGGGGUUUGAGGGAGGUCACAGCUCAGAGGCAGAUGAGGGGGAAAGUUGGGAAAUAAUGGGAGAGGAGGAGGAGACAGAGCCGGAGCAGUUGGCUGACAUUAUCACUAGAAAGCAUUCCAGACCCACCAUCUCCCAGAACCCGGCAAGCCUUGAAAGUAGGAGAGCAAGGAGCUCAAAGACAGGGGGCCCUCAGUGCCACCCGUAGAAAGGAUGACAAAUGAGGAAGUGGGGGAGAAGGGGAUAUUUACCCAGGACAACACCAU